AUGGAAGCAAAAGAAUUGGUAAAAAAGGACAAGAAGGUAGAAAAAAGGAGCGCGACAACCUUACUUUCAACUACGAAUUCUACGACCACUACAAUUGUGACGACUACUGGACUGACCUCGCCUGCACCGUCAUCUGAACCCCCGCAAAUCGUUUCAGUGCCACCUCAAUCAAGUAUGCGAGCAUCCAGAAAUUUUGAAGUCAUGACAAUUAUCUUGAUAAUCUUGCUUGUCGUUGUGAUGUUGGUCGCGAUCAUUAUCAUAUAUAUGAGAUUUUCAAAGAGAAAAAAGCCACUUGCGGCAAACGAAAUGCCGAUUUAUUUAUCUCCACUGAAAAAUGAGUCAACUCAGAGCAAAGAAAGCUCUACUACACUUUAUAGCAAGGAAAGCUCUACUACCAAGUCAUCAGAAGCUAUAAAGAAACAGACUCCAAAGGCUGUCAAAGUGGACAUAAAACAAGCUUAA